CCAACUAACCACAUCCACAUGGCUCCUUCUCUCUCCUCCUCCUUCUUCUUCUUCUUCAGUCUCGCACUCUCCUUCCACUUCCUCUCCCUCCUCCCAACCACCACCUCGCUCACCACCCUGGGCGUCACCUACUUCACCCCCGUCACCAAGCCCAAGCCUCCGCCACCUGACCACAUCCCCACCGCUGUCUCCUACCUCGGCCUCACCGCCAUCCGCAUCCUCAGCCCCAACCCAGCCAUCACCCGCGCCUUCACCUACACCAACACCACCCUCAUCCUCACCAUCCCCAACCCCCUCGUCCCACCCAUCGCCGCCAACCGCUCUAACGCCCUCCGCUGGCUCUACGUCCACGUCGUCCCCUUCUACCCGCGCGCCAAGAUCGCCGCCAUCUCCGUUGGCAAUGACUUCCUGUCCGCCUCCCCACCUGGCGCCCUCUCCUCCGCAUCCGUCCUCCUCUCCGCCAUUCGAAACAUCCACCUGGCGCUCCGCGACCUCGGCAUCCGUAGGAUCUCCGUCUCCACCUCCUUCUCCUUCAUCAGCCUCCUCACGACUUCGUUUCCCCCCUCCGCCGCCGAGUUCCGCCCCCCGGUCUCCGAGACACUCAUCAAGCCGUUGCUUCAGUUCCUCAGGGACACCAACUCCUCCUUCUUGAUCAACAUCUUCCCGUACAACGUCUACCGUUUGAACUCCGAGAUUCCCAUUGGCUUCGCUCUGUUCCAGGAGCACUCGUUCAAUUUCCGCGACGAUUUGGUCACCGGCGUUCGCUAUCGGAAUCUUUUUGAUAUGAUGGUCGAUGCGGCUAUUAGCGCCAUGGCUGUGGCGGGAUAUGAGAACAUCCCGUUGGUUGUGGCGGAGACCGGGUGGCCGAGCUCCGGCGGGGAAGCCAGUGAGGUCGAUGCCAACCCGGCCUACGCGGAGAUGUACCUUAAGGGCCUGGUGGCGCAUUUGAGAUCGGGAGUUGGAACGCCGUUGAGGAAGGAAGGGGUGGCGGAGGCUUACAUAUACGAGCUGUUCGACGAUGAGGAGGUGAGGCAGGGGACGACUCUGCCUAAGCGCAACUGGGGGAUUCUCUACCCCAAUAUGACUAAGAAAUACAAGAUUGACUUCUCUGGGUCACUCAGCACCGGUGAGGGGUGUGCUUUGGUGAGAGUUGGGAUUCUCUUGGUCUUUGCUCUCUUGCAUUUGCUCAGCUUUUGA